AGGUCGCAGAGGAAGAAGCAACAGCUCUCUACUUGCCGUUCACUGAUCGCUCAUUCUUUUCGAAGAAGAUGGCGGACACAGAAGCGUCAGUGAAGAAAAAGAAGAAAUCGAAGAAAGUCAGCGACGAAGUAGUUGGGGAGAUCCAACAGAGUGGGGACUUCUUCAUCCAGCCAGAGCUGACCGCCCCGCCACUAGAGACAUCGCAGUGGCCCCUCCUGUUGAAGAAUUUCCAUAAAUUGAACAUCCGGACAGCCCAUUACACUCCCAUACCGUGUGGCAGCAACCCCCUGAAGAGGAACAUCAGCGACUAUGUCAGGUCAGGCUUCAUUAACCUGGACAAACCGGCCAACCCGUCGUCUCACGAGGUGGUGGCGUGGAUCCGGAGGAUCCUGCGGGUCGAGAAGACGGGCCACAGCGGAACGCUCGACCCCAAGGUCACUGGCUGCUUGAUCGUGUGCAUCGACCGAGCCACCAGGCUGGUCAAGUCCCAGCAGAGUGCUGGUAAGGAGUAUGUGGGAAUUGUUCGGCUGCACAACGCAAUCGAGAGUGAACGUGUUCUGGCCCGGGCCUUGGAGACGCUGACAGGAGCGUUAUUCCAGCGGCCGCCGCUGAUCGCCGCAGUAAAGCGCCAGCUCAGAGUCCGGACAAUCUAUGAGAGCAAGCUGAUAGAGUAUGACCCUGAGAGGAGGCUUGGCAUCUUCUGGGUCAGCUGUGAGGCGGGGACCUACAUCCGGACCCUGUGUGUCCACCUGGGGCUGCUGCUUGGCGUGGGAGGCCAGAUGCAGGAGCUGCGGAGAGUCCGUUCUGGAGUCCUGGGAGAGAAGGACAACUUGGUGACAAUGCAUGAUGUUCUAGAUGCUCAGUGGCAGUUCGAUCACAACAAGGACGAGACGUACCUGAGGAGAGUCAUCUUCCCUCUAGAAAAGCUGCUCAUAUCGUACAAACGGCUGGUGAUGAAGGACAGCGCGGUCAACGCCAUCUGCUACGGCGCCAAGAUCAUGCUCCCCGGUGUCCUCAGGUACGAGGAUGGCAUCGAGGUCAACCAGGACAUCGUCGUCAUAACGACCAAGGGCGAGGCCAUCUGCACAGCGGUGGCUCUGAUGACCACAGCGGUGAUCUCUACGUGUGACCACGGCGUCGUGGCAAAGAUAAAGAGGGUGAUCAUGGAGCGAGACACGUAUCCUCGCAAGUGGGGCCUGGGACCCAAGGCGAGCCAGAAGAAGAUGAUGAUUCAGAAGGGACUGCUGGACAAGCACGGCAAACCCAACGGCAGCACCCCCCAGGAGUGGAGAGACCAAUAUGUGGACUACAGCGUCCCUGGUGUGGCGGCAUCAAGUGAAGCUUCAGCAAAGAGAAAGAGGGAGGCAGCAGAGAGCGAGAGCGAAACGGCCCAGCCCAGCACGCCGUCUGCAGAGGAGGCCAAGAAGGAGAAGAAGAAGAAAAAGGAGAAGAAAGCCAAGAUGGAUGAGGCGGAGGCUGCUAAAACGGAGGAGGAGGAGCCUGAGGCCGAGGUUGCUGAGAAGCCCAAGAAGAAGAAAAAGAAACAGAAAGAGGCUGAGGCAUCAGAUUGAAUGGCUUCUCAACAGAAGUGCGUAUUUUUCCAUCUGCUGGUGACCUGUGAGGAAAUGUCAGCACUAUGUGCUGUAGGACUGAGACGUGCUGGGAGGAAGCGCCGCUGUAUUGUUCCUCAUGAUGGGCGUGUGUGUGGGUCUGAGCGGCAGGUAAAGCUCUCAGUACCACAGAAGUCCAGCCCUGACCUGCAGGAAACAAGCAACAGAGACUAUGGUGGAAACGUCAGCUUCCAGCCCCCAGGUUGACAGGAAAGUGUUCAGGACACUUCCUGGAAAGUAUCAAAUUUUAUCAAUUUAUUUUCAUCUG